GUCAGCGCCAAUUGCAUCUCAUAUUACUUUUUUGUACUUUAAAUUUAAAUCCAUUCAUCCACCUCUUAUAUCCUCUUAUAAACCCUCUAAUUCAUUCCCCUCACAUCAAAUGUCGUUCUUCCGUCUGAAGGACUUCAUCCGUGCGGUCCGCGUAUGCAAGACAGCGGCCGAUGAGCGCAAUGAGGUGGAUUCGCACGAUGCGCGGUACGUCAACAUCCAGAAGCUGCUCGCCCGGUUCUCUGACAAGCGCGUCGGGUACCUGGGGGUGACGCUGCUGCUGGACGAGAAGCAGGAGAUCCUGACGCUGCUGACAAACUCGCUCAAGACCGACAUGAACAGUGCCGACGAUUACGUGGUGGGGCUAGCGCUGUGCACGCUGGCGAACGUCGAGCGGCUGCUGGGAUCGGCACGGUCGUACGUGCGUAAGAAGGCGGCGCUGGCGGCUGUGCGCGUAGUGCGGCGUGAGCCCGAGCUGGCAGCACCAUUCGUCAGCCGCGCACGCACGCUGCUAGCGGCCACGGCGCUGGUUGGCGAGCUGUGCAUGCACAGCCAGGACGCGCUGGACGAGGCGCGGCGGCUGGUGCCGGUGAUUGUGCGGCAGCUGCGCGCGCUGCUGGGCGGCGCUUCAGCCGAGCACGACGUCGGUGGAGCGGCGCUGCUGCGGCUGCUGUGCGUUGUGGCGCGCGGGUCGCAGGACGCGGCCGACGAGGCCAACGACGUGCUGACGCAGGUGGCGACGCAGACCGACGGCGCCAAGAACGUCGGCAUGGCCAUCCUGUACGAGUGCGCCGUCACAGCACUGGGCAUCCCGUCGGCCGCAGCGCUGCGUGUGCUGGCCAUCAACCUGCUGGCUGCCGUCAUCACCGAGGCACCGGCCGUGCAGCGCCAUCGGGCCACGGUUGUGCGUUGCAUGCGCGACGCCGACGUCAGCAUCCGUCGCCGCGCGCUGGACCUGAGUUUUGCGCUGAUCAACGGGCAGAACGUGGAGUCCAUGGUGGCCGACAUUUUGCGCGUGCUGCCUCACGCCGACGCUGAGUUCCGCUCAUCGAUGGUGUACCGCCUGGCUGCGGCCAUCACGCUGUUUGGCGACUCGCUGGACUGGCGCGCCGAGCGCAUGCUACGCGUGCUGAGCCUAGGUGGUGCCUACGUCAACAACCGCGACCUGUUCAAGUUCCUGCGCGACGAGCCGCUGCAGCGCCGCACCGUGCGCACGUGCUUCGCGCUGCUGGAGCGCGAUAUUUCACAGGACAAGAUGGUUGUGGCCGGUGUGUGGCUGAUCGGCGAGUACGCCGACUUGCUGCGCCCACUGGCAGCUGGCGUAGCUGCAGCUGUGGCGUCGCCGGGGCUUGACGCCGAUGACCUAGACAUCCUGGGUGCACUCGGCCGCCCCGUGGCCACGCAGCCCAGCUCUGCGGCCGCUGCCCAGCCGAUCAGCAUCGAUGACGAGCUGCCGCAGGCUACCCCCGAGCCGGCCGAUAUUGUGCGGCUGCUAGCAGCUGUCGCACGCUCGCCCCUGGUGUCGCGCACCAGCCGGCACAUGGCGCUGACGGCGCUGGCCAAGCUUUCAGGCCGCUUCUCGGCUCAGCCGCCCAUUGUCGCGGCCAUCCGCGACGCCCUGGCCGCACACUGUCGGUCGAUGGACGCCGAGACGCAGGCGCGCGCCGCUGAGUUCGACACGCUGCUUGGCCACGAACUCGACUCUGUGCGCGCCGCCGUUGUCGAGCGCAUGCCGCCGCCGGAGUACACCGACGUCCCUUACGAGGAGUACGUGCUGAAUCCGACCGCUAUGCGCAUGAAGGCGCUGACUGUCAUUAGGCGCCCGGCGCUGCAGCCCGAUGACCUGCUUUCGUCCGCUGCGGACUCUGCAGGCUCUGCAGCGGCGGCGGCGAAGGCUGCGGAGGCCGCCAAGCAGUCGGUCGUGUCGGAUCUGCUCAACCUGAUGGACGACGCGCCGCCGGCCGCUGCCGCUCCCACAGGCCCCAUGUCGCCCCCGGGGGCCGCUUCGUCGCCAGCCGCGCUCGCUGACCUGUUUUCUGCAUCCUCACUGUCACCCACCAUUACUGCUGGCGAUCCGGCGUUCAGCCAGGAAUACCAAGUUUACAGCGCCGCGGGCCUGCGCAUCACGCUCAAGCCGUCGAAAAAGCCCAGCCUUCCUGCUGUAGUCGACCUCCUUGCGACGUUCUACAAUGAGGGUGAUACGGCGGUCGAGGACCUUAACUUUUUGGUUGCCGUGCCAAAGUCACAGAAGUUGCAGAUCCUGCCGCCCUCGGCCCAGACCAUAACUUGUGGAGCUACAGUUACCCAGCUGGUCCGCAUUUCGAAUCCUUCAAAGACUCCCAUUCGCUUGCGCAUGAAGCUAGCAUAUUCAGCUGACGGCCACUCCCACAACAAUAUGUUUGACUACGCUGGCUUCCCUGACUCUGUGUGCUGAGUAGUGGUGACAUUAGGAGGAGUAAGGAACGACAAUAACAGCUAUUUUUAUUUACUACAUUUAAUAAUCGGGCGGAACCACCAUUUCUUCAUUUCUCCUUGUCCCUUCUUCAUGGCCUGAUCAUGGACGCAAAGCCAUGCCUAUAAAGCAGCCUCCUCUUUUGGAUAGCUAAAUCCCAGUUGCAGGUGUUGCUACACGAUUCUUAAUGACAUGGCACAAGUUGCAACUAACAUGGCUCCUCCUGUGGAUGAUGAUGACUUGUCUUCUAUUUUAUUCUUAUUCUACACAUUUUAUUAUUCGCAUUGAUUUUUUACAGUUAACUUUAUACGAAAAAUGGGGGAGCGAUUUGGAUUAAUUCAUCACGUGUAUUGCCAUUAAAUAGCACCACAAUGCUUGAGGCCCAACGAUCGCAAACACUGGCAAAAUUAUUCCUCCAAAAAAAUAUUAUUACAAACAUAAAAAA